AUGGCAUCCUACGUACCAUUUUCACAGUGGAGCAUUUCACCGGAAAUUUUGAAAGAGAGUCUCAAAUAUCCUACGCCGACCGGAGUUGUUGAUUAUGCUGCACUGGCAGUCAUGGGAGUUGUGAGUGUGGGUUAUCUGUCCCGUGGCAUCCUUUGGGACCAAGCGGACCCAUAUCACCACCUGGCAUUCGAACGACCGCAAUUGAAGAAUGGAGGCUUAUUCAGGGCAAAUUUUAACAAGGAAACAAGAAACAUUGCGCUAAAGAUGGAGGAGACUGGCAAGAAUAUUGUCGUCUUCUGGGGAUCUCAGUCGGGUACCGCUGAAGGUUUUGCUGCCCGUCUUGUAAGAGAGAUAUCCAUUCGUUGGGGCCAAGAAAGUAUAAUGGCAGAGCUCUCGGACUACGAUCCUAUUACUAUCACUGAGAUUCCAAAAUCGAAGCUGGCCAUUUUUAUCGUCUCGACCUACGGAGAAGGCGAUCCUAGCGACAACACAGCUGAAUUUUGGAGCUGGAUCAUCAAGGCCAGCGAUGCCUCCCUGUCCAAUCUACGAUAUGCGGCAUUUGGUCUGGGUAAUUCAAAUUAUAAGUUUUAUAAUCGCGUUGUGGACGUUAUUGUUGAAAGCCUGGAGAAAUUCGGAGCUAAGGCUAUCAUGCCGCUCGGCAAGGCAAAUGACGCUGAAGGUACAACGGAAGAAAACUUCAUGGCUUGGAAGAAUGACCUGUGCGUGGUCUUCAAGGAGUCUCUAGGUUUCCAGGAAGUUGAAGCCGAAUAUGCCCCACGCUUGCUGGUUGAAGAAGACCUGUCGUUGGAGCCUAUUGACCUUCACCACGGGGAGCCUAGCAGCCAUGCCGAAAACUCCAACUCCGCCGCUCAGUCAUCGCCUAUUCGAACACUCAGUAUCUCCAACUCGACGGAGCUGUUUACUAGUUCAGACCGAAACUGCCUGCAUAUAGAUCUCGACCUAAGCAGUCAACCCGAGCUGAGCUACAAGACUGGCGACCACCUUGCCAUCUGGUCUUGCAACCCCGAUACCGAGGUCGAACGCCUUCUCGAGGUCCUUGGUAUCUCUUCUCGACGGGAUAUUCCCCUUAUCAUCAAGCCAAUUGACUCGGGCAUCAAGAACAACAUCCCAACACCAACCAGUGCUCUUGCUCUAUUCCGUUACUACCUUGAAAUAUGUGCGCCUGUCAAUCGUGAUUCCGUCCAAGACCUUGCCCAAUUUGCUCCAACAUCAGAAGCAAAGGUCUUCCUCUUAAACCUUGGUCAGAACAAGGCCGUGUAUGCAGACUUUAUCAGUCGUACUUAUGUCACUCUCGGUCGGCUGUUGCAACUCGCAUGCCCUGGCCAUAUUUGGUCUAAUCUCCCGCUUUCCUAUCUCGUCGAAACCGUCCCUCACAUCCGGCCACGGUACUACUCCAUCUCGUCGAGUAGCGUCAUCUCGCCUCGGAAACCUUCAAUCACGGCCAUUGUAUCCACGACCCCCCUCCCCGAGAACUCCAACGAGUUUGUCCACGGUGUUGCCUCAAAUUACCUUCUCGCUGUCUGCCAACACUCCCGCUCUCAGGCCCAUCCCCAUGGAGUCACCUAUCAUCUCGAUGGCCCUGGUGAUGCUUUGCAAGGGGGCAAUAUAUUUGCUCAUAUCCGUCGAAGCAAGUUCAAGCUACCCAUCACGAGCAAGACGCCCUUGAUCAUGGUCGGCGCUGGGACAGGUCUUGCACCGUUCCGUGCAUUCCUCUCCGAGCGGUGCCAGGUGCACAAAAUUGGAAAGGAAAUUGGCCAGAUGGUCCUUUUCUUUGGAUGCCGUAGCCAGAAUGAAGAUUUCAUCUACCGAGAGGAGUUGGAGCAGAUCCAGAAGAUCCUCGGCGACAAGUUUUGUCUCAUCACUGCGUUCUCAAGACAAGAGGGCUUGCCUCGCCAGUACGUGCAAGAUCGGGUUUCAGAGUUCGGAGAUGAUAUUGUGAGACUCAUCGAGGAAGGUGCGAGCUUCUAUGUCUGCGGAAGAGCUGCUAUGGCGCGUGAAGUAGAGAAGGCCGUCGGGACGACUAUGAAGAAGGCGAAAAAUUGGACGGAGGGUGAAGUCAAUAGCUGGAACAAGGCUGUCAAGAAGAAGAACAAGUGGCAGGAAGAUGUUUGGGGAUAA